CAGAAGGCCUAGUUGGACAGCUGCUCAACCCGAUAAAUAGCUUGGCUGGCCGCCUGUUCCAUUCAUUUUAUCCAACGCCCUGCAUCUGACGCUUCUCAUCCUCUCACACACGAAACAUAGAUUCUCCUACACAAUGCACAUCAAUUAUAUCCUCCCCGAUCUGGAGACGGCGUGCUCAUCUGCCCAAAAACCCGAUGUGUCGACAACUGCUGCCAAUGCCCCGGUGGCCGAGAUGAACUGUUCAGAGGAAUCAGACAGCUCUACCCCUGAGCCUGGAGCUACCACCGUCUUCUGGGAGGAUGUACCGCCAGUCGCUAAAGAGGCCGAGCAGAAUGUCACAAAAGCCACGGCUGACUUGCAGACCGAUUACUUCGUUAUUAAGGAGCUGAUUGGGCAUCGCCGUGACCUUACCUGUGACACUCUUUUCGAGAUCAGAGUCCGUUGGGAGGGAGACGAAAAGACCUGGGAGCCCGAGAGCAAUCUCCAGAAAGAUGCUGCACUGACCUUGUUCGCCUACUGGAGCCGUGUGAAGGGCGGACGGGAAAGUGCAAUGGUGGACAGGGAGUUGUGGCACGUUUUCAAAAUCAUGUCUCAUGAGACGAAGCCCGAUGACAAUGUUUACUUGCAGGUCGCUUGGGUCGGAUCUCCUGAUACAUCGUGGGAGCCAGAAGCGAAUAUUCGGGAAGCUGCCGGCAGACUUGUGGAAAACUAUUGGCGCUCUGUCGUCGGCCGCUUGGGGGCAAUGGCGAGACCGGCCGAGGCCGGGUCUUUUGUAGAGUAG